AUGGAUUACCAGAAUCGAGUAGGCUCAAAAUUCGGAGGCGGAGGCGUCGCAGGUGCGUCCGAGACAAACGUCGACCGGCGCGAGCGGCUGCGUAAGCUCGCGCUGGAGACCAUCGACCUCGCCAAGGACCCGUACAUCCUGCGGAACCACCUCGGCUCGCUCGAGUGUCGGCUCUGCCUGACGCUGCACACGAACGAGGGGUCGUACCUCGCGCACACGCAGGGGAAGAAGCACCAGACGAACCUCGCGCGGCGCGCGGCGCGCGACCUCAAGGAGACGCAGCUGAUGAUCGCGCCCGCGCAGAGCGCCGUCCAGCGCAAGGUGUUUCUCAAGAUCGGGCGGCCGGGGUACCGCGUGACGAAGGUGCGCGACCGCGACACGGGCAAGGAGGGCAUGAUGGUGCAGGUGCACCUCCCGCAGAUCAAGCCCGGCGUCGUGCCCCGCCGCCGCUUCAUGAGCGCGUGGGAGCAGAAAAGGGAGCCGCCGAAUAAGGCGUACCAGUAUUUGAUCGUCGCGGCGGAGCCGUACGAGACGAUUGCGUUCAGGAUCCCCGCGCGAGAAAUUGAGGACGAGUCGGACGACGCGGGGUACUGGAAUUGGUCGCAUUGGGACCCUGACACGAAGCAGUAUAGUUUCCAGUUCAUGUUCCGCCUACAGUACUGA